UGUUGCGGCCGGGAGGUAAGGGCAGAGAGUGGGCGGAAGUGACGUCGGCGGAUACGAAGCCGCGGCCGCCAUAGCGAGUGAGGGCGGAGCGGCGGCGGGAUGAACGCGCCUCCAGCCUUCGAGUCCUUCCUCCUCUUCGAGGGCGAGAAAAAAAUCACCAUCAACAAGGAUACCAAGGUGCCCAACGCCUGCUUGUUCACCAUCAACAAGGAGGACCACACGCUGGGGAACAUCAUCAAGUCGCAGUUGCUCAAAGACCCGCAGGUGCUGUUUGCAGGGUACAAGGUCCCUCACCCUCUGGAGCAUAAAAUUAUCAUCCGUGUGCAGACGACCCCCGAUUACAGCCCCCAGGAGGCUUUCACUAAUGCCAUCACGGAUCUUAUCAGCGAGCUCUCCCUGCUGGAGGAGAGGUUCAGGGUUGCUAUUAAGGACAAACAAGAAGGAAUCGAGUAAAAUCCACCCUCUGUGGAGGAGACUGUGCUUCUGAGGCAGAAUGAUGUUGUCUCUUAGUUAGGUGAUAUAUUUAAACCUCCAUUCAUGGCAAAUAUUUCCCCCCUUGUCCCACUUCUGUUUAGUAUUUGACAGCAGCAGUGAUAUUUUGAGUUUGUUUGUUUGUUUUUUAAUACCAGACAGGCACUUUGCCAAGAGGAUAAAUGUCUUGUUGGAUAUGACAGAUAAGUCAUUAAAGUGAUUUUUUACUUUUCUGAUUGGAGCCUUAAUGCAAAUAUUUGUCCUGGGCUGUUGGGGAGGUUAUUGUGGGUAUAAUUCCAGCAUGAGAAGCUGCUCAGUGACAGCAGCAGAUGAACUCUCUGCUUCUCCUGUCAGAAACUCCAGGCACUGCCAAGUGAGCUGGUAUUUUGUUUUAUUAAGUGUCAUUUCUAUAAAACAAAUGCACAAAUUGUGAAAACUUACAGUAAAAGAAACCGGAUGUUUACAACGA